CAAAGCUUUCCUUCAGAUGUCUCUCAAAUCGGCGAUACGCCAUCUCGUACCCGUCAACAAUUUUCGUAUGAAACUGCUUGUCAUUGCGAAUCUGCCAUUUCUGUGAUCGGCGUACGGUGUUAAAUUUUAUUUUUUCCCAGAACUGCAUAGAAGGUGAAAUGUUUGGCCGACAAAGUGGCUUAGUUGGUUCGUCGGGGGGAAGUGGGAGCUCGCUGGUGGAGUUUCGAGCCGGACGAAUGAAUAUGGUUGGGAAAAUGGUACAUCCAGACACGCGAAAAGGAUUAGUAUACCUUACACAAUCCGAGGACGGAUUAAUUCACUUCUGCUGGAAAGAUCGGGGAACAGGAAAGGUUGAAGAUGAUUUGAUUGUUUUCCCAGACGAUUGUGUAUUCAAACGAAUAGAAACAGUGAAGACUGGCCGGGUGUUUGUGCUGAAAUUCAAAUCAUCAACGCGUCGUCUUUUCUUCUGGUUGCAAGAACCCAAGACGGAUAAAGAUGAGGAAUAUUGUCGACGAGUGAAUGAGAUAAUGAAUAAUCCUCCCUCAGCGAAUCGUAGCAGCAAUGAAAGUGGAGACUUGCAGUAUAUGUUAAACAAUAUGUCACAACAACAACUAAUGCAAUUGUUCGGUGGCGUGGGACAAAUCGGUGGAUUAAGUUCGCUUUUAGGAUCGAUGAAUCGUUCAGAAAAUAGCUCAUCACGGACAGCAUCCACCCCUACAGGCAGGAGUAAUAGUAGUGCGGUAACUGCUUCCGGAGGGUCAAAUAAUACACCAAAAACACCGGAUAACACAGUCCCGUUAUCACGAACACCGUCAGCACCGAAGGGAGGUAAGAAGACUGGUGGUGGCAGAGUAACUUUGCCUGAAUUACAAUCCUAUUUGUCAGCCAUAUCACCGGAAACAUCAACAAAUCGAACGGUGAACAUCGAUUUGUCUACUGUGCUUUCAUCAUCAGAAGCUGUAACCAAAUUAAUUUCGGAUCCAGAUAGUGCAAGUGCUCUUUCUGUACACCUACCGAACACUGGUAGCGAUGACACAUCGAAACAACAAUUGAAAGAUACAAUCUCAUCACCUCAAUUUCAACAAGCCUUAUCACUGUUUUCGAGUGCUCUACAAUCGGGCCAAUUGGGACCAGUUGUAUCACAAUUUCAACUAUCAUCAGAAGCAGUUGCAGCGGCAAAUACAGGUGAUUUAGAACAAUUUGUGAAAGCGCUUGAAAAGUCUGCAGGCGACGCCAAAAAACAAGAAGCGACUGACGACAAGACAGGCUAACCAAAUUAUUUGAGUUACUCAUUGCAUUUUACACCUUAUACAUAUUUCUUUUAUAUAAAAAACAUUGCAUAUAUCUAUUGCCUACGAGACAUAACAUUUAAUUUACAUAGAUGCAAAUUACACGCUCGCAAAGUGUUUGGGCUCCUAUUCAAACUCGAUUUUGGAUAGACAUCAGUGAGCCGGUCAUUGGUAUGUUGAUUACAAUUAUGCUGUCAACUUUGAAGGUUUUUUGCUUUAGAUUUUUUUCUCUCGAUAAACGUAUCUAUGUAGACGAAAAGAUUUUCGAAACAUUGUUAUUUUUUGAUGACCUAUUUCCAUAAAGAGCAUAAUAUUAGUCUAUGGCGAAAAUACUGGAAUAAAGAUCGACAUUUCAGUAGAUUGAAUGGAUUUUGUAAAUUUCGUUUAAUUUUGAAUGAUUAUAAGAUAAUCCGAUUGGUUUGUUAUUAAAUUGUCCGAAAAUUUUGAUUGAAAA